AUGGAAAUGGAAAUAUCACCGUUUGUUCUUAAUCAAACUCGACUCAUUGUCAUGUCAGAUCAAAAAGUGGUUGUAGCGUUUAUAAAAUUGAAAGAAGAAAAUCUAAUAGUGGAUGGCGAUGAAUAUAAGAAACACAGUUGGCAAUAUGGACGUAAAUAUGUUUUCUUUAAAAACAAAAGUAGACUCAAAGUUCAUCGUUAUAAGUACACUUUUGAAUUAGAGCCAGUUACAACAGAUCAAGAAGAAUCUGUUAGUUUUCAUGUUGGAAAAAAUAAAAGUGUUCAACAACAAAAGGAUGAUGAGUCAAAUUUACCACAAAUUACGGAGGUAUUUUCUGAUUCAGUCAAUACUAGUUUUCUAUCAGAAGGAGAUGUUGUUGGUUAA